AUGACUAUUAGGCCUUCAACUCAGUCUCGUAAUCAAAAUGUAAUUGAGGUUAAGGACUGGGAUUAUAUUAAAUUUCAAGUUCGAAUAGAAAUUAUUAAAAAUGAAAAAGAGAUAAAUAGGUAUUGGGAUAUAAAUACGAAUGAAUUAGACCAGAAUGAAGUCAGAGUUUUCUUAGAAGGUCAAUUAAACAAUGGUGGUGUUUACAAGGAAGAUAUAGGAUAUAAAUUUAUAAUUUUAACCGACGACGAAAUUGGAUUAGAAAUUACUAAUAAGAAAGACAGCAGUGUACAACCUAAAUCUUUUAAAAAUCGUCAUGUAAAAAUAAUCGAACCCAUUUUUUAUCAAGUUAAAGCAUUUACUUUAAAAGAUACUGAUGAUUAUAAAAAUAUUAAAAGCCCAUCACAAGAAAAUAGUUCAUUUUGA